AUUGAACAACAGAGAGAAAGAGAGAGUCUCGGCAAACACGUCCCAAAACCGCCACCGCCUUCCUCUCUCUCCCACCAUCAACUUCCAACACUCGUAGUACUACCCGAAUCUCCAAAAACCCGUAUCCACAAUUUUCUUCUGAAUCUGGGUUUGGAAAUGCCGUUAUUUAAAAGAAAGCCAUUUGCUUUGGUGGAAAAACCAAAGGAUUUGAAGCCUAAUGAACUCGUGUUCCAAAUUCGUUUUACUAAAGAGAUAUUUAGGGAUUAUGGUGAAUAUCUGAGACGAAUAAACCUGUAUCGCCAUAGGGUGUGGACGUGCAAAUUGACAGGAAAGAACUACUUGACGUAUGAGGAGGCUUUGGUUUCGGAGAAGAAGGCUGCAGAAGAAGUUCAGAAGUUCCCCGAGGAACUAGUGGCUCCAGUUCUUCGCGAUGUCCAAUUCAGUAUGCUCAGUUUAAAAGAUCUUGGGGAUGCUGUUGCUCAAAAACUGCAGGGCUGUCUUUCAGAAGGUAGUGAAUUAUAUGGGAGGAAAAACAAUCAUGUAUAUUCCUGCAAAAUUGAGAAAGUUGUGAAGGAUGGUGAGAAAACUCGUUAUGAGGUUGCAUGGCUAGACAAAUAUGAAAGUUUGCCUGAGAAUACAGCCAUCGAUGAAGAAGAUCUGAUUAGGUGCAAACUGCGAUUUAGUAGAGCUUUUCUGAAGUCUUUUAUCAGAGAAUCUACAUAUCGAAGUAUUCCUUGGGUCUUGCAUGAAAAAUUGGCAAAGAAGCAUGGGAUUCCAACUGAUCCUCCAGAUGAUCUCAAAGACCUUUUUUUUAUACAGGAUGGAGUGGUUGUUAUAAAUAGGAAGAGAAAGAAAAAUGAAGAUAGAGAGGCUAAAGAGAAUGGCUUCCAAGAUCUCUGCGAACUAGGAAGAGAAGACAAACUGAAGGCACAGUCCAUUAGAUAUCCAAUCGAUGAUCUUUUGGUGCAAUACACAGAGUCCGAUAAACAGUUGGCUGAACACCCUCCUCCAUGCAGGGAAUUUAACAUCCCAAUGGAAUGUGUAGGGGAUCAUUUGAUGGUCUGGGACUUCUGUACCUCAUUUGGCAGGUUAUUGCACCUGUCACCAUUCUCCCUUGAAGAUUUUGAAAGGGCUGUCUGUCAAAAAGGCAGCAAUAUUGUUCUCAUAACUGAAUGUCAUUCAGCCCUUCUUCGCUUUCUUUUGAAAAAUAACAGUGAGUAUUUCAUAGCUGUACAGAAGAAAAGACCAAAGCUGAAGAUUACUUUAAUCACCUGGACAGAGUAUUUGUCCGAUUUUUUGGAAUUGACUGGUAUUGUUGAAUUGUCUAAUCAUGUUGCAACAAUUAAGAGGGGUCACUACGGCCUUCUAGACAUUAAGGCCAAAUUGGCAAUCUUGCGUGAACUGGUCUGUCGAGUCCUUGAGACAGAGUAUUUUAAGGAGAAGUUGGAUGAGGAAAUUGAAAAGAAGUAUGCACUUGCAGCAACAAGGAGAGAGGAAAUUUUGGAAGAAUCUAGGAAGAAGAGAGAAGACCAUUUGAAAAUCCAGUCUAAUGGGAAGGAAGCAACAAAAGGGUGUGGCAACUCCUCAGAUACUGGGAGCGAUAACCACUUCAGAGAGAAUGGAGAUAUGCCAAGUAGCAAUGGCAAACAGACAUCUGAAUCAAAACAUUCAUUAGAAAACAGUGAACAUGAGCUAGCAGUCUCCUCAUUGAAAAAUGCUAAGAAGAGAAAGGUUGACAUCAAAAAUGCUACAGCAAAGAUGAAUGCUUCUGAUAAAUUGAUAAAGGAUGAAGGGAAGGAAACAUUAGAAAACAGGAGUAUGGACCAAAGAGCUGCUCACAAAAUGCGGAAGAAUGAGAUAAAGGAGCAUCUUGAAAACAGGAGUAAGGAGCAAAGGAAAGAAUAUCUUGAACGGGAAAUAGAGAAAAGAGUAAUACGCACCAAUCCAUUGGGAAAGGACAGAGAUUAUAAUAGAUAUUGGUUUUUCCGCCGUGAUGGAAGAAUAUUUGUUGAGAGUUCAGAUUCCGUCGAGUGGGGCUAUUACUCUUCCAAUGAAGAGCUUGAUGCUCUGAUCGCAUCACUGAAUGUCAAGGGUGAAAGGGAGAGGGCUCUCAAAAAGCAACUCGAAAAUCUCUACCACAAAAUAAGCUUGGAACUUCAAAAGAGAUCGAAGGAGGUGUCCCAGAAGGCAGCAACAGACGAUGCUGAUGUUCGGAGAUCAACACGUGUCCGUGCUCCACCAAGAGAUAAUCCUGCUCUUGCCUUCUUGAAGUACGUUAACAAGUGGAAAGAAGACUAACCUAGAAACUAUGGAAACAUACUCUGCUGUUCAGAAUUGGUAUUGUAGUUGCAGCUAACCAUCAUGCCGUGAUGAAUAUAGGGGUAAAGAAAUUCGUCCUGCAUUUUGUUGAAAUGACAGCUCAUUUUUUGGCAAUUGAACGCUAGCCAUGAUAGGAAUGGAAUUUUGUUCUUUUUCAUUCCUGUGAUUAUGGUACAAAUGUAAGGCUACCGUUCCAAUUUUGUAUAUGAUGUUCAUCGGCUGGUACUAACAUUAGUAUGUUCCUUUAAUAAUUUUGGUUAUCGACAUUUGAUCAUGUUGUGUUA